GCAUCAGACACGUCUUGUCCUCCUCCCCCGCGCGGCGCGUUGGGUCCCCUUGCAAACCCCCUUGUUCUCUCUCAGCUGAUUGACACGUCGAGCUCAACUUCAACUACAAAAUGCCGACCGCCACGACCACAGAUGCGGUCCCUAUCGAGACCGCCCACGAAGAUAUGAUUCAUGACGCCCAACUCGACUACUAUGGCAAGCGCCUCGCCACAUGCUCGUCAGACCGCACAGUUAAGGUCUUCGACGUGACCGAGAACGGCGCGACUGGACCUGGGAGCACGCUCAAGGGCCACACCGGCCCCGUCUGGCAAGUAGCCUGGGCCCACCCAAAGUUCGGACACAUCCUUGCAUCCUGCUCGUAUGACGGGAAGGUGUUGAUCUGGAAGGAGACCGGCGGACAGUGGGCGAAAGUGAAGGAGCAUACAUUGCAUACGGCGUCGGUCAACUCCGUCGCCUGGGCACCCCACGAACUCGGCGCAAUCCUCGCAUGCGCCUCGUCCGAUGGCAAGCUCUCCGUCCUCACCUUCAAAGACGACGGCCAAUGGGGCGCCGACAUCUUCAACGGGCACGCCAUCGGCUGCAACGCCGUCUCCUGGGCGCCCGCCGUCAUCCCCGGCUCGCUGGUCGUCCCCGCCCCAGGGACGCCCAACGCCCCCUCCGUGCAGCGCUUCGCCUCCGCCGGCUGCGACAACCUCGUGCGCAUCUGGGCGUACCACCCGGACACCGCGUCCUACGUCGAGGAGGAGGUCCUCGACGGGCACGCGGACUGGGUGCGCGACGUCGCGUGGGCGCCGAGCAUCGGGCUCCCGCGCUCGUACAUCGCGACGUGCAGCCAGGACAAGACGGCGGUCGUGUGGACGCGCGACCGCGCGGGCGCGCCGUGGGCGAAGACGGUGAUCGGCGGGGAGGGGCACCGGUUCCCGGAUGUGGUGUGGCGCGUGAGCUGGAGUCUGGCGGGGAACCUGUUGGCGGUGAGCUGUGGCGAUGGGAAGGUGACGCUGUGGAAGGAGACGUUGAAGGGCGGCUGGGAGUGCGUGAGCGAUAUGAACAGCUAGAUGGAUGUUGUAUGAGUAUGGAGCGCUCCAACUAUCUGCCUUUCUUGACGGACUUUCCCGGGA